AACAAAACUAUUUAAAUGAUUCAUUAUGGAUUUAGAGGAUGCUUGAAAGACUUUGGGUUGUACCUAAGGCAAAUGGAAGUCAUACAAAAUGGUAGCAUUUAUAAAUUGUUAUUUUCCAUCUCUACUUUUAUAUUUUUUUUUAAUUGGAGGCUUUUUUUUUUUUUCAUGGUCAAGGCUACCAUGCUAUGGUGGUGUGGUUGCCGAGAAUCGUACGAGAAUCCAUAGACACACCUGUAUCGUACGGUACUCACCAGGAGUCGCUUCGCGGCCUCCAAAGCGGUGGGUGCCUUGGCAUGGAGCAUACCAUUAUCUUGCUAAAAGUGAAAGCAAUGAAAGAGGGCAAGGACGAUGCGAACCCCUCCUCACAAAACCCUGCCCCCUCCCCACUCCUCAAUCCCAUCCCAUCCGCUGUCUGUCCUAAAGCCCACCAUAAAACGCCUGCGGAACUUCCCCCCAACCAAUGCUAUCAUGAGAGCCUACGAAUACGAUAAUAUCACGGUUAGUUUCACCCUUGCGAAGGAAUGAGGUAAAGGCAAUCUGUGGAGUAAGGCAAACUCAACUAAUUACGCUUGCUCCUUGCAGGGCGAUCAACGCGAGGAUCACGACUCAGGAGCCGUCAUUUCCGGAGCUGCCCUCAAUCAGAUUGGUGUAUUGACCCACCAUUUCGACUCGGUCGAUGACGUGAACGCUCUUGCCACUGAGCGUGGCUAUAAGAACCGGGAUGAGGUCACAAUAUCCCCGAGUGCCUUAGGUGAUCUCUACGAAGGCAAAGUGAAGACCUUUUUCCACGAGCACCUACACGAGGAUGAGGAAAUAAGAUAUGUCCUGGACGGCCACGGUUUCUUUGAUGUUCGAUCCAAGGAUGACUGCUGGGUGAGGAUCAGUGUGUCCAAAGGGGAUUUGAUAAUCCUCCCAGCAGGAAUCUACCAUCGGUUCACGACUGAUAAAAAUAAUGUAUGGCCUCACCAUUCUAACAAGCUGUUGGUUCUUGAGGUCCACCGACGUUAAUGAGCAUACAGUAUAUCAAAGCGAUGCGACUAUUCCAGGAGGAGGUAGGUUCCUCCCAUCCCCCAUCCUUCACCCCCUUCCCAUCAUGUUAACAAGGAAAUUUAGCCCAAGUGGACUCCUUUGAACCGAGAUCCCCAGGUCGACGAGAACGCGUACCGAACGACGUACUUGAAAUCACUUUCCGUAGCUUAG